CAACCGGCCUUCAAGUGCUCGAUCUCUCGGGUUCGCUUCCGAGAUUCACCUCCAUUUAUGGAUGUAUUCCGUACAUAUUAUGGCUUGAGAAGGGCAGGGUUGGCCGUGAGACGUGGAAACUGGCUUCUGUCGUCCCUGCAACAGUGAUUGAAUGAUGGGUUCCGUGGCAAGGCUUCGAACAAGAACAGGCUGCCUGGAGUGUCGUCGACGCCGCAAGAAAUGCGACGAGAAGAGGCCUCUGUGUGCCGGCUGCUCCCGCAACGGCCUUCGCUGCACAUGGCCCUCGGAGUAUCAGCCAGUUGACCGACGAAGACGCUGUCCGUCGCCCGCGAGUCCCAGCGCAUCAUCGCCCUCCCCGAGCUGCAAUGGCACGUCGACUCAGUCGAGAACGCCGGACAUCUCCGCUUCCUUGCCUCCCUUCUCUGCCAUGCCGCCGCCUUUCCGCCUCGAGGAGCACUUCAAUCUCUACUGCUACUUUGCGAACUCCCUCCUCCCGACCCUCGUACGACAAUGCUCCCUGCCUAAAUAUUCAGACCAGACAUACAUCUUGAACCUAGCCGUCCAGUUUCCCCCUUUGAUGGGUGCUAUGAUCGCCGUUGCAGCAGUUCGACUCCCUCGACACGAUGAAUCCUACCUGCAUCUUGGCCUGAAGUGCUAUCAUUUUUCGAUCCAGAACCUCCGGGAAGGCCUUGCCUCUGACAAAUACAAAGGCAACGAGGAUUACCUUCUUGCUACUACUAUUUUGUUAUGCAUUUGGGAGAAUUGCCAACCCGAUGGGAUUCCCAACACUAGCCACCAUGUUGUUGCUGCAGGCAACCUGCUGAGACUUCGAUGCCCGAAACCCAGAAGCUCCUCCCAAUCUGCGUUGGUAUUCGAACGCACCUGCGUCGAGUCCUUUAUCUACCACAGCAGCCUCUUAAUGCUCUUCGACCGAAGUUUGGAUCCGCUUGCUGAUCCGCAGGUCCUUGAAAAUAUCCAACGAUACUUCGUCGACCCUGACCACCCAGAUGAUGCAGGCCCGGGUUGGACCAACACGCAGCCCAUACUCGAUGCCUCGUAUAAAUUCUUCCUGCUGACUGCAGAUAUCACCCGGCUUUCACGGCACAAUAGGCCGUUGGAUGAAGUCGAAUUAUCCCUCUACUAUCGUUUACAAUCGGAUUUCCAUCGAUGGGAGCAAACGAUACGCAAAACCGCCAACGAUCAAGAUAAGGAUCGGACCGGACUCUUGUAUACCUUGGCUAUUAGAGCUCUUCUCUUGAAAAUGGACCCUCACCUGCAUGAGAUUUCGGGCGGCUUUGAGUCUCUCCUACAUGAAAGUCUGGAGAUAAUACCGUUCCUCAAUAUUGAUCCCAAUUUUGUCUAUUACUACCUGUGGCCCUUGAUUGUUCUAGGUUCCAUCGCCGUCAACCCCUGGGAUAGAAAUCCAUUCCGCGAGAUCAUAUCUCUCUUGAUCAUCAAGGGCCGAGAAGGAAUUGCAUGCUGGGCUUUAAAGCGCCUAGAGACGGUCUGGACCACGGAAUACGAAUAUGCAUACUGGGGCCCUAGCCAUCCGAUGCUACGAGGGCUCAAGAGACUACUUGAAAAUGAUUGAUGGCCGGUGUCUCCACACUUUCCUGGCCACUAUUACUCUCAGCGCACGGAAAUAGGACACAGUUGAAUGAGCUUCUAUAUUAUGAGAUCAUAUAUGAUUAGCAAACCCUAAAGAAAGUUACCCUAGGUCUCUUUCUAGGCUUUUAGGGCUUUAUCCACAAUCAGAGUAUAUCGGAGAAGAAUUUCGUCCUGCAUGGUCCUUGUGACGAGCUGAACGUGGCAUGGAGCGCCCUCGCUUUCGUCAGGGAGGUCUAAAGCGUUUGUUAGCAUCUUGGCCUAAUCUUCCUUCCGAACAGGCUUUAAAAAAAAAAAGACUUACAUGGAGGAUCGUAUUGGACUUGUCGCACGAACGCCGCGUCAGCGGCCUUAUCGGCGCGACCAAAGGGGAUGACGGAGGCCGGAUACUAAACUCCUAUUAGUGCGUGCUAGAUAUCAAAGGCGUUUGGGGGAUGGAUCGUUACAUUCACAAGGUUGGCGAAUAUGGUAUAGAAAGGCUUCUCCAGAGCAUCGUGUGGC